AUGGCAAUAAACGAGUCAACCAUGUUCAACAACAGCUCUCUUUCAUCGCCCGUGACCGGCGUGACACCAGAAGGUGACAUCAACGGGCAGCUUCCCUGCUUCCUGCGGCACUUACAGAACAAGUCAUCCUACGACCAAGCUCAGGACGCCUGCUCCAUGUACAUGAACUUUGUAGAGUUGGGAACAGGACUUACUGUCGUUUUUUGGCUGACGGGACUUCAUAUCAUCAUCUCAAACGCUGUCGUACUUUGGGGAAUCAUCCGAACACCAGAGCUCCGCAAACAGAUCUACAUGUUCAUGGCAAACCUUGCCGUGGCAGACAUGCUAGCAGGUAUUGGACUCAUCGUACGGUGUCAAGCUGUAGACAGAGUAGGAUUGAGCAGACUGUAUUUCAUGAUGAAUAUUGAUACUUUCCUAGUGUAUAGUCAGAUUAUGUCUGCAUCAGCACUUUGUCUACUGUCUAUAAGCUCUUAUGUUGCUAUAAGGCAUCCUAUAUUCUUCCACACCCAUGCUCACAAUGGCAAACGCGACGCAAGUGUGGCUAUUGUUACUUCGUGGCUUGUUCAGACAAUGUUAGGUUUUCUGCCCAGUAUGGGUUUGAACUGUUUAGAUAUGCCCGAUUUAAAGUGUUUCAACUUUUCCCCCCUACCGAUUGUUGCUCUUAAAGUCACCACAAUGGUCUUGCUUCUCUGUGUCAUGCUGUUCACGAAUACAAGUGUAUUCUUGGCCAUCAGAGAACGGCAAAAGAGAAGGCUUGGGCAGCCACAGGGACAAAACAGAGCAUCGCAAAAUCAGGCUAACGAUGCAGCAGAAAGAAAAUACCAAAGCAGUGUGCACAAAGCCAGGACUGUUAUGAUUCAGGUAGUAGCGGCCUUUAUCUUUUGGCUCUUACCCCUUAUACUUAUCCCAGCCUGCCUUACGGCUAGGGAGAAGUGCCCAUUUUCUAACGGAAUAUCUUUGUCGGGACCAUUGCUGAUGUCUUUUAACUCGGUGAUCAAUCCAAUCGCAAGCAUCAUCCGCACACCGGACUUACGAAAGAGCCUCCGCGGAGACAUGACAAUAAUCUACCAGGCACUGUUCAUCAUAGUACGGGGAAACCGUGUGAACCCACAGGAGGAACAAAUUCCUCUAAACCAGCGGGGCGGUACCGGGGCGGCUUCUGGGAGUGACCAGAACAUGCCAACAGGCCAGCCCGCUAAAGGACAAAACGUGGCUCCGUUAAAGCGGGGUAGGGCAGGCAGUCUUGCCAUUAUAGAAAUUGACUGA